AUGAAGAAACGAGUGCUGGUGCUACAUGGCAACCGGCAAACGGGUCAGUUGUUUCUUGGCCGCCUGGAACGAAUUCGGAAGAGAGUCUCAAAAGAGUUUGAUCUCGAGUUUAUCGCUCCAGAUGCCCCCUUUCCCCAUCCAGAGGAUGCUAACCUCCGAACAUGGUGGAAUCGGGUCGACAAUGAGUACCAAGGACUAGACGAAAGUUUAAAGAUAUUGGAAGAACUGGAGCAGCAGAAUGUUGUUGGAAUAUUUGGGUUUUCUCAAGGUGCACGAUUUGCACAGUUGGUUGCCAUGCUGCACUCGGACGAUCCUCGGAAAUGGUUUCCAAACUUGGAAUUUUGCAUUAUGGUUGCUGGUUAUGAUGCACCCAUCCCAGACGGAUUUCCAUUAACAGAGACCAAGCGGAUAAAGCUACCAUCUUUUCAUGUUUGGGGUCGGGGAGACAAGCUGGUGACUCCAGCUCAGUCGGAAAAGUUGAGCGAACACUUCCUUGAGCCACAGACUAUGAUACAUGAUGGCAACCACUAUGUUCCGUCGAAAGCCCCACAGAUUCAGCACUAUGUCGAUUUUAUACAACAUGCUUUUAAUAUUGCAAAGAAUGGACAAGGAGGUGGUGAACCGAAUUCCGGGAGUGAACCGGUAGCAGAAACAAGCCAGCUGCCAGACGAGGAAACAACAGCAAUGCAAGAAGAGGAAAUUGAAGCACUGCAGGCCAUCUUUCCAGAUGAAGUCGAUAUCAAGUCAUCAAGCUUUCCCAUCAGAUAUCAUAUGAAAUUGCUUCCAUCGGAAGAAGAGGAAGGAACCAAUUGGCCUAAACACCCAUUGACGCUCGAUAUUACUUACCCUUUUGACUAUCCGCUUGAGUCAAUACCAGACUUCAAGUUGAUUCAUGAGAACAACGUAUAUCAGUUUCCAUCCAACAGGGUUGUAAAACUGAUGAAAAUCUUGAAGGAUGCCGUGACCGAAGAGAUUGGUAUGCCGUCUGUUCUCUCUGGUGUCUACGCUGUCAGAGACUAUCUCGAUUUACCUGCUACUGAUCUGGAUGAGGUUCCGGCACAAGGAGUGGAAAGCAAAGACGUGCCUACCUCGACUUUGCCAGAAAACGACUCGGAUCAAGAUACAUCUUCUGCUGGCCCACAUCGAGCAUCGCACGAGGAUAUUCAAAAAGGAAUCCAAGAGGGAUUAGAUAUUGCCGAGCAGCUGCUCAUGAGGAGCGAUAAAAGGAAGGCGCAAUCAGAAGAAGGUCUUUCGAUGGACAAGGGCGGGGCAUUUUGGAACUACACCAUUGGAUUAGUAGGGAAACCAUCAGCAGGAAAGAGUACCUUCUUUAAUGCAGCUAGUGCAUUCAGCAAGCAACGAGGUGCGACAGAGGGUGCCUCAGAGUGGGGUGGAGCCAGUAUGGCAGCCCAUCCCUUUACCACAAUCGAUCCAAAUAUCGGUUACUGCUUGGUCCCCGCACCCAAAGGAUCAUGCCCAGAAGAUGAGAUGGGAGCCUCUAAAUCCUCCUUUGGCUCGACUCACGGAAGAGACUCGAAUGGUCAGCGGCUGAUACCAAUUCUCUUGAAGGACGUUGCCGGUCUCGUUCCUGGCGCCUACAAAGGCCAUGGCAAAGGAAAUCGGUUUCUGAACGACCUAACUGAUGCCACGGUUCUCAUUCACGUAGUCGAUGCAUCCGGAACUGCCGAUGCCCAAGGUAAUACCACUGGAGGUACAGCCAUGACCAACCCACUGGACGAUAUGCAAUGGAUCCGUUCGGAACUGGUGGAGUGGGUGUAUGGCAAUGUGGUUGCCAAAUGGGAUAGCAUUAGUCGCAAAGGAAGAAAGAAGUUAUCUGGAAUGUUUUCUGGAUAUGGACAAACACAAGCUCUAACAGAGAGAAUAUUUGUGGCCUUGGAGGACUACAUGGAAGAGCGGCACAAUAUGGAACGAAAUUUCGACUCUCUUGAGGAAUGGGACGAAGCAGAUGUUCACCGCCUUGUUAGUCUAUUUCUAGGUGUACGAUUUCCCAUUGCAUUAGCAUUGAAUAAAUACGAUCUACCAACCAGUAAGAAGCACAUCCGCGAGAUUGAAGAGGCGCUUCCAAUCCAUGGUGCUCAUGUGGGUACCCCACUAACAGCGAGAAGUGAAAUGAAUUUUGUGAAAGAACAUCUGAUGGGAAAGACAACAACUGACAAGAGUGAAAGUAAAGCUCCAUUUGGUGUCUGGCAGUGUUUGAGCUCUGCAAUCAAACUUCGAGAACCAGUGUUGGUCUUCCCUGUGAGUGACAUGAAGACCUAUGCCCCCUUGAAUUCGUUGAAUGAACGGGCAGUUGGAAAUCCAUCCUUGCCAUCGGUUGGAAUGAUUCGAUGUAUCAAUGGGUCAGGCGGGGUAUCUCCCUCUUGCUGGAACGAGACGCAACAGCUUUACAUUCCUCCGAGUAAUAAACACGGCAAGGGAUCGGAAGUCCAACUGCGGGAUGUGAUUCCAAUGAAGCAAGGUUCCACAGUGAAUGACGUCUUUUUGGCAUUGAAGAAUGCUGGAGCCGUGAGCGGUGAGUUUGUGCGAGCAGAAGCCGCUGGAAAGAUUGGAGAAAAUCCAAAGCCUGUGCCGAAAAAUGCAAUCCUCGGGCAUCACAAUCGCAUCCUGAAGAUCAUGACCAACAAGAGGACGACAUGGCAAAGUUAG